UAUCGCUUUGGGAAAUGGGUCAAUGAUCACUUAUUCCACUUUCUUGCAGUCGUAAACUGCCUGGGACCAGCAUAACCUUUUGACCGCAGAGUUUCCAUAUAAACAGAUAGGUUGAAAAUCUCUUCCUUUUGACCUGUCGACUGUCAUUAUUAUGAUCUAUAGAUAUUGUCAAGAAUAAAUAAAGACAAGUCUUUGUUCAAGGCUGGCAUCAAAGAUGGGGACCAGCGUGCCACUAACGGAGACGGCCAAGCCGGUGAUGCAAAACUUCUCCCAGCUUGUCAUGCAGGAUUAUGAGGAACUUGAGCAGCCCAUUCAGGGAACCACCAAAGGAACAAUUCCAAACUGGUUGGACGGAAACCUUUUCAGAAAUGGUCCAGGUCGCUACAGUCUCGGCGGUACCUCCUACAAACACUUAUUCGACGGCAUGGCGAUGGUGCAGAAAUUCAAAAUCAAAGAUGGCACCGCCACCUACAACCGAAAGUUCAUCCGGAGUGACAUGUAUGAAAAGAACAUGGCUGCAAAACGGAUUGUCGUGUCGACGUUUGGUACCUUGGCGACCCCAGACCCUUGCAAGUCCAUGUACCAGAGAUUCAUGACCUAUUUCUUCCCAGAAGCGGACGCUGGUGCGAACUGUCUCGUCAAUAUCUUCCCCAUCAAAGAUGCACUCAUUGCUGCAACAGAAACAAUGAAGGUCCAACAGAUCGACCCAGAAACUUUGGAUACACUUCGCCUUCACGACUAUACUGAUUACAUCAGCGUCCACAGUGCCACCGCUCACCCCCAUUACGACCCCGAUGGGACUUACUACAACAUCGGGAUGGGAGUAGAUAAAGGGCCUGUGUAUAAAGUUAUAGCAGUACCACCUUCAGCUGCAGGCAAUAAUGCAGAAAAACCACUCGAUGGUGCGAAAGUCGUCGCGUCCAUUCCUGCGCGCUGGAAAUGGAACCCAGGCUACAUGCACAGCUUCUGUAUGUCCGAGAACUACUUCAUCCUGAUCGAACAGCCGCUGUGUAUGAACGUUCCCAGGAUAAUGACACAUAAACUGCUCCACGUGCCUAUCGCAACGUGCAUGCAGUGGCAUGAAGGAUACCCGACGCGGUUCCUUAUUAUUGACCGUAAGACUGGUGAACAGGUGAACCCGGGCUACACUUACGUGACAGACAAACUGAUGAUAUUCCACCAGGGUAAUGCCUAUGAGGAGGAUGGCCAUCUUGUCCUCGACGUCUGCGGUGGAGACUCCGGUAAAUACAUUUCGAAUAUCUCUGUGGAAGCGGGAAAUGAUUUCAUUGAGACAUACGGACGCCGCUACGUGCUUCCGCUGAAACUCGACGAGAAGACCAAGGUCGGUGAGAACCUGGUGCUGCUCGAAGACACGAAGGCGACGGCAUCACUCCGCGAUGACAAAACGGUCAAUUGUUCGUAUGACCAAUUGUCAGAUUUUUUCUUUGACUUUCCAAUGAUCAACUACAAGUUUAACUCCAAGAAAUACAGAUACCUCUAUGGUGUGGUCUUCAAUGGUAUGGGUUUAGGCGAAGAUUUUAGGAUGUUGCUGAUUAAAAUCGAUAUCGCCACACGUAAUGUUCUGCAAUGGGAAGAGGAGGGCUGCUUCCCGAGUGAGGUUGUGUUCGUGGCAACUCCUGGUGGUGAGGAUGAGGAUGAUGGGGUGCUACUCUCUGCGGUGAUGGACCGAGUGAACGAGGACCGGUCAUUCCUGUUGGUGCUGGAUGCGAAGACGUUCACUGAACUUGGUCGCGUCGAGUUCGAUACAACGUUCCCGAAGGACUUUCAUGGAUGUUAUCUAAAUCCUGGAGGAGUUCAUGGAUUACAUAAGGAAUAACAGUUUAGUAAUCUGACCCCUGUUCAGGAAUUACCAUAUUGGAUCGCAGAAUGAACAAUUUGGUAAUCGGACUCCUGUUCACAGGUUACUGAAUGAACAAUUUGGUAAUCGGACUCCUGUUCAUGGAUUGCAGAAUGAACAAUUUGGUAAUCGGACUCCUGUUCAUGGAUUACUGAAUGAACAAUUUGGUAAUCUGACUACUGUUCAUGGAUUACUGAAUGAACAAUUUGGUAAUCGGACUCCUGUUCAUGGAUUACUGAAUGAAUAAUUUGGAAACCGGACUCCUGUUCAUGGGUUACUGAAUGACUAAUUUGGUAAUCCGACUCCUGUUCAUGGAUGACUGAAUGAAUAAUUUAGUAAUUGGACUCCUGUUCAUGGAUUACUGAAUGAACAAUUUGGUAAUCGGACUCCUGUUCAUGGAUUACUGAAUGAAUAAUUUGGUAAUCGGACUCCUGUUCAUGGAUUACUGAAUGAACAAUUUGGUAAUCGGACUCCUGUUCAUGGAUUACUGUAUGAAUAAUUUAGUAAUCGGACUCCUGUUCAUGGAUUACUGAAUGAACAAUUUGGUAAUUGGACUCCUGUUCAUGGAUUACUGAAUGAAUAAUUUAGUAAUCUGACUCCUGUUCGUGGAUUAAGGAAGUGGAAUACAGAAUGAAUACCGUAAUACAGGGAGCUGACUUUUGUUCAUGGAUUAAAGAUUUAGAUCAAGGAAUGAACAAUUAAGUCACUUAAUAUGACCUACCUGCCUCUUGCCUAUAGUUUCCCUUAAAGGAGCCAGUAAUAGUGUCCCUAAAAGGAGAAUGACCUAGUGACAUGUGUCCCUAUGAUUUUAGCCAUCGGGAAGUUCUCCUUCGAUCCACACUGUUGGCCCGAGACUCUGGACAGGACUCUUUGUCUAACUUGCAUCACUCAACCAAAGUAUGAGAGACCCCUAUUGGCCAUUUCGAGUAACUUAAUCUGACCUGCCUUGCCAAUCCUGCCAAUGGUCUCCCUUUAAAUAAUGCAAACAAUAUGUAUAAGAAAAUACAUGGCAUUUACCAUUGAUAACAUUUUGUCCAACCUUUCAAGUUGAGAAUUAGUUAUUUAUAUUCAUGUUAAUAGAAGAUGCUUCUAAUCUCUCGUUACCAUGAUUGUUCUCUUGUCGAUUAAAUGAAAUAUAAA